GGCAGCCAUACCUCAGAAAGGUCUUUCUAACUUGGGACAGCAAAGUUCAAAGGAACUACUAGGCACAAACUACGAAAGAGUCCUGAACCAAUACAGGAGGUGAAGAUUUACAGCACAAUUGCCCUCUGAAGCCGCUUCAAACAGGGCAUGGUACUUAAAAGAGAAAAGAAAGGAAACGGACUAUCUUCUAGAACACCUGGAAUGUGAUCCAAGCCUGGAGACAAAAUGAUGGGUUGCAGCUAGAAGACAAUAAAACUAGCAAUGGAGCCCUUAUAUGAAGAAUACCUAGCAAAUCAUGGAACAAUUGUAAAACCUUAUUACUGGCUAAGCUUCUCUCUAGAUUGCUCUAACUGUCCCUACCAUAUUCGGACAGGAGAAGAAGCAAGGGUUCCCUAUUCAGAAUUUUAUCAGAUUUUUGGAUUCCCUUAUGGGCCAGCAUAUCCUCAAACAAAGCACCUCACGUUUUAUGAACUAAAAACUUCCUCUGGAAGCCUGGUGCAAAAGGGCCACGCUAGCAGUUGCACCGGGAAUAACACCCAUCCAGAAUCAAUGUUAUUUGAGAUGAAUGGUUAUCUCGACUCAGCCAUACGCAAUAAUAACGCCAUCAGGCAUAUCAUUCUGUACUCCAGCAACUCCCCUUGUAAUGAAGCCGACCACUGCUGCAUCAGCAAAAUGUACAAUUUCUUAAUAAUGUAUCCAGAUGUUACUCUUAGCAUUUACUUUUCUCAGCUCUAUCACACUGAGCCUGAAUUUCCUGCCUCGGCCUGGAACCGCGAAGCUCUCCGGAGCCUGGCCAGUUUAUGGCCACAGGUCAUUCUGAGCCCAAUAAGUGGUAGCAUUUGGCAUUCUCUCCUCAACAACUUUGUCAGUGGUGUCUCAGGAUCAACUGUUUUCCAGCCCAUUUUAACUGGGAGAGCACAGGCUGACAGGCACAACGCAUAUGAAAUCAAUGCCAUAACAGGAGUGAGGCCGUAUUUCACUGAUGUUCUUCCCCAGACAAAAGAGAAUCAGAUCAUAAAAGCUCAGGCAGCUUUAGACAGCUAUCUCUUAAACAAUGUCUUUCCUGGACAGUCUUUUCAAGUGGCUAAUGGACAACCUCAACCCAAUCUGACCCCAGACCUCGGGGUUCCUGUCGUUUUUGUGCUGGUGCCUUUCAGAGACCUACCACCGAUCCACGUGGGUCAAAACCCACAUAAACCCAGGAAUGUCGUAAGGCACUUGAAUAUGCCUCAAAUGUCAUUCCAGGAAACCAAGGACCUCAGAAGGCCUCCCCUUGGAAUGCCAGUAGAGAGAGUGGAAAUCAUGGAGAAGUUAGCAAGUACCAAAGAGGCAGAUGAAAAGAAGAAGAAGAAGAAAGGAAAAAAAUAAAAUCUGUAUUUCUACCACAUGAGACCAACUACCAGAGGCCUUAUUAGAUAGCAAACAAAAAUCUGGAGACUUUCUCUCUUAGGUCUGAUCCAAGAUCGGAGAUAAACUGAUACUCUAAAAGCAAAACCUGCAUUAUUUACCAGCUCAACUAUUAUAAAGCUACACUACUUUUAACAUAAUCCAAAAUGUUUCCAUAAGCAACUUGAUCUAUUUUGAAAGUGACGGUAUCAAAAUGGAGCCAUUAGUACCUUGCUGAUAUUCUGGUGUGGAAAAGGAAAUGUCAUCGUUCUAGUCUACCCACAUCAUCUUUCCCCCAAAAAGAAAAGCCCAUGGACUAAAUAGCUUCCUAAACUGGUUUCGGUAUAAAAAUUUACUGUAAAAGUGGAAAACAGCCUGAAGCUACUGACAUUAAGUACUGUCUGCAUAAGUAAACCAGUGAUUUUCCAUUAACUGUUAAUCAUGGAUAGAAGACUUUAGGCAGCCCUUUUUUGUUUUUUUUCCUAAAAUGGUUCUAAAGAGUUUUGCGUCGGGGGGAAAAGUUCUUUUGCUAAUUGAUUAUAUAUGGCGACAAAAAUUGAUUUUUGAAACCUAGUCACCUGCUCAAUGUGAUAUUUCCCACCUCAGACCUCUUCCUCCAGAGCAGAUGACAGAGGCAGGAUGAUACAUGAGAAUCAGCAAAGGCUCCUUCCAUCAUACACCAUAUAAAAUCCAUGCUGCCCUUCCCGGCUAUCAGGGCUCCUUCUCUGCCUUCAGUUGCCUUGUCUCAUCAGCAAGAAUGUAAGUUCUGACAGGUUAAGCACUGUCUCUCUCGGCUCUUUGGUUUUCCCUUAGAAUCUAGCCAAGUAUUCAUGCAAAAUGUGGGUAGCAAGAUUGUGAAUCUACAUCUCAGUAACAUUACCAAUCAUUGCUUCCCAACAUUCCUUAUCCAUUCCAGUUAAGAGCUUGCUUAACCAUCCUGCAAUGGACAUCUUGUUUUUAUUAGUAUCCAUUCUCCCUCCUCCUGAUAUAGCUCCCCAAUGCAUAAUUUGUUUCUUUUACUUCCCUUCUUUCUGAACCUUUCUUUUUCACCGGCGUAUAUCUAUAUAUAAGAUUCUCUUAAAAUCUUGUUCAAAACACACUUCUAGGAAGUGCUCCUUGACUAACCAUCUAAGCAUGUACAUUAAAGCAUGUUGUGUUUAAUCAAU